UCAACACGUGCCUCGCCGCGGCCAUGCGCUGUGGAGGAGAUGCGUCCGGCGAUAGCGACGAGUUAUAGACGUCGAACAUGUUGAGAGACGAGGCUUCACCGAACGACGGCGAAGCCGGAGAUCCCGGCGCCCCGCCAGCGGCGAGGCGGGUGGGCCACGAUAAGGUCAGCAGGUACCAGUGCCCUGCUGACGUUGUGGCUUUCCGCCAUAAGCCCUGCAGUGGAACUCUGGCCAGCAGCCUGAGCAAAAAAAACAGCGAGUUAUGGCUGAUUAAAGCCCCUGCCAGCUUCGACCCAGAAAGUUUCCGCGGUGUCGAGGUGCCCCUCUCAGGACUCCAGACUCUGCAGGUUCCUGCCGCUGCCGGCGGAGGUGACAACAGGAGCAGCCAUCAGAUCUACAGCGUCCUGGCUUCCUCCCACAACACCUCGGAGCUCCACCUGCUUACCAGCGGAAGCCAGUCGUCCAGGGACGCCGUCUUCGGCCCCGCCUUCUCGGGCUUCCUCAACGUGUGCGAGAGCUACGGCGACAGCGGCACCAACCAGGCGCCCAACGCCAUCCCCGCCGCCCCGGCGCCCUCCAUCCCACCUGGCUUGAGACAGCGGUUUCAGCCCUUCGGUAGCAAGACGCCCACGCGGAGUCGUGCGGCGAUUUGUGAGGCGGACGGCCCGUCCCCCUCGACCCCCCAAGGCCGAAUCGUAAAGCACCUCCCGGAGGAAGAGGAGGAGGGGGUGAAGAAGAGGAAGAAAAAGAAAAAGAGGGAGAAGAGUAUAAAAGUGGAGCGGGAUGACGAGGGAGCGGCGGGGGCCGGCGAGGAGUGGGGCUGGCGGGUGAAGGUGAAAGAGGAAGUCGUCGAUGAGGAGCCCCCGUCUCAGGAGGGCGGGCGCCCGGAGGAGAGGAGGAAGAGAAAGAGGAAGAAGAGGGACAGAGAAACGGAGGAAGACCGCGUUGUGAAGCAGGAGGUCACGGUCAAGUGUGAACCCACGGACGCGUCUUACGGGGAUGAGGAAAUCGUAGACCGGAAGAAGAAGAAGAAAAAGAAGAGAAGCAAAGCCGAGGAGGACUAGUUUGUUCUUGUGUAAUGUUAUGUUGUCUCUCCCUCUUUAGUUUUCGUUUCUUUGGUGCCACAACCCAGAGUCUGGCUCAACCCCACCUUUCUCUCUUCAAAUCUGGAAUUGAAACCACAAUUCACAUGAAGUAGUUUUCAGUGUUGUAAUGCAGUUUCUUUUUUUCCAGGAUUUUCCCCCUGUUUGCCCCUCCCCACACCACCACCACCACCACCACUACCAAUUGUACCCAGCCAAUUGCCCCCACUCAUCCGAGCCGUCCCGGUCGCUGCUCCACCCCCCUCUGCUGAUCUGGGGUGGGGGAGGGCUGCAGACUACCACAUGCCUCCUCCCAUACAUGUGGAGUCGCCAGCUGCUUCUCUUCACCUGACAGCGAGGCGUUUCGCCAGGGGGGCGUAGCGCGUGGGAGGAUCACGCUAUCCCCCCCCCAG